ACCAAACAUGGAAGAGACAAACGAAGAACAGAGCUCAGGAAACCAAAAUCAUUGUAGCUAUUGGAAAGGAGGAAGAGGAGGAGAGAAAAAUGGGGGCCAGGAAGCCUCACCUUGUGGCGCUGGCACUCACGGGUGAAGGUCACGUCACUCCAAUGAUGCAUCUUUGCGCUUUCCUCUCAAAAGUCCACAAAUUCUCCAUCACUUUCGCGCUCCUCAGCUCCCUCGACUCGAUUCUUCGCAAGAAAUCCUGGCCACCACCAGGCACGGACAUAACUCUGGUGGAAGUCCAAGGCACCCCGUACGUCCACCGCGAGCGUCCCCCCGCGUCGAAAAGGUUCGAUAUUACUCCCAUUCACGAGCACUGGAAGGAGAAGUUUCCAGAGCCCCUCAAGAGAUUCUUGGAGGAGCUCCAGUUUGUGGAUUGCCUGGUUUGCGACUAUCAACUAAGCUGGGCGAUUGAUGUUGCGAGCAAGCUCGGCAUUUCAGGAGCGAUCUUGUUCACUGGGUGCGUCACUUGGAGCUGGUUUGAAUCCAACAUGGCUCAGCUGGUAUCGACCGGAGUUGUUCCAAUGGAAGAUCCGGAGCUUGCCGAAGACGAGGACUAUCCAGUCUUGGAGAAACCAGUCAAGCUGCGAAGGUCCGACAUACCUUGGCACUUUUGGAACAAUCGACCUUGGCAGGAGCAUACGAUCAAUAGCAAUGCCGAUGCUUUCGUCAGAGCCCGAUGGACCCUCGUUUCGUCCUGCGAGGAACUCGAGCCGGAGAUCACGGGGGCCAUGAAACAAGCCAUAGGUGGCGACAAGUUCCUGCCGGUUGGUCCGCUGUUCCUCCUUGGCGAUCGUCCAGAGGACACCGGGUUCACGAGCUUUGAUCCAAAGUGCCUCGGCUGGCUCGACCAGCAGCCGGACAAAUCCGUCCUCUACAUCGCGUUUGGCAGCGUCGCCGAGCUCUCGAUCGAAGAACUCGUCGAGUUUGGCGAGGGGCUUGUCGCGAGCAAGCAAAAGUUCCUGUGGGUGACGAGGCCGAGCAAGGAUGAAAACACCAACGAGUUCUACGAGAGCUUUGGCGACAAGAAUAGGGAGCAAGGAUUCGUCACGUCUUGGGCUCCGCAAGCUCGGGUUCUCUCGCACUCGUCGGUGGGAGCCUUCCUUUCUCACUGUGGAUGGAACUCGACUAUAGAGGGUGUCUCGAGCGGUAAGGUGAUUCUAUGCUGGCCUUGUCUGUUCGAUCAGAAUCUAAACCGGAGGCUCGUUGUGGAGAACUGGAGAGUUGGAUUUGGAUUUGACAAGACCCAAGGAAAAGUUCGUAGAGAAGAGGUGGAGAGGGUGAUACGUCUGGCUAUGAAGGAAGACCAAGGCAGGGAAGCACGGCGAAGAGUUGAAGAGCUCAGCGGCAAGAUGAAACGGGCAGUCACAGUACCUGGCGGUGUCUCCCUGCAAAAUCUCGAGAAAUUCGUCUGGGAGAUUGUGAGCUCCAGAGUUUGAAGCUGUAAUAACAUUCCUUAGCUUCGUAUAAUAAGAUAAGAACCAAGAACCUUGGGAACAA